AGGCUUCCCCCACAGAGCAGAGGGCUGUGCAGUCCCGGGGCGGCACGUUCGGUGUGCUCAGACCCAGGCAAGAGUUAAGGUGCUCGGAGAGAGAUAAGCAUUGAUGAAAGCCUGGAGAGAGGGUGCCUCUGCUGCAGAUAAACAUUCCUGCCUCUCUCCUCCCAGUCCCCCUCAGCCCACACCAUCGUCCUGCUCUGACGCAGAGGGAGCUGCAGGGCUGAAUGAAACUUGUUUGAGGUUCCAAUCAAAUCUCCAUGGAAGAGGGACACUCAUAUCCUCUUCUGAUAAAAGGUAAUCAUAAAUCCUCCGGGAGCGGCAGCUGCAGACCUCACCGCCUCCCGCAGCAGCAGUCGGCUCCUCGCACCAAGAUGGGCUCCAAGGUUAUAGGAGACCUUCAGCCCUGAAGACCAGGAGCCAGCAGGACCCAGGCUGAGCUCCCGGCUCUCGGCCAUGCCUCCGGCUGCCGAACGCGUGCCCUGGCGCUGGCUGGCAGCAGGCAGAGCGUCGCGGAGGCUGGUGCUGGUGGUGGUGUUCGUCGCGCUGCUGCUGGACAACAUGCUGCUGACAGUCGUGGUACCGAUCAUCCCCACCUUCCUUUAUACAACAGAAUACGAAGGCACCAACGGCUCUGUUGCCCCAGCCCGGACUGAGCCGGCUCCUCCAGCCUUGAAGGCUCCUCUUUUCUCCUCCAUGUUCUCCUAUUUUGACAACACCACGGUGACUGUCUUGGGCUCUGCCAGCGCUGAGGAGCUGGUGAACGGGACGGAGAGCAGCCGCCUGCCGCAGCCCCCCACCAGCAGCCCACCAGUGCCGAGCGGCUGCCCGGAGGGCGAGGAGUUCCUCGCCAAGGAAAAUGUCCGCGUGGGUCUGCUGUUUGCCUCCAAGGCUCUCAUACAGCUGGUGGUCAACCCAAUUGUGGGUCUCCUGACCAACAGGAUAGGAUACCACAUCCCCAUGUUCAUCGGAUUCACCAUCAUGUUCCUCUCCACAGUCAUGUUUGCUUUCUCAGGCACCUACACCUUGCUGUUCAUCGCCCGAGCCCUCCAAGGCGUUGGGUCAUCAUUCUCAUCAGUCGCAGGCUUGGGCAUGCUGGCCAGCGUGUAUACGGAUGACUUCGAGAGGGGCAACGCAAUGGGGAUCGCUCUCGGAGGCUUGGCCUUGGGUGUGCUGAUCGGGGCCCCCUUUGGGAGCGUGAUGUAUGAAUUCGUGGGGAAAUCGUCUCCCUUCCUGGUCCUGGCAUUCCUCGCCCUCUUGGAUGGAGCUUUGCAGCUCUGCAUACUGCAGCCCUCUAAGAUCUCCCCGGAGAGCACCAAAGGCACGCCGGUGUCCACCCUCCUGCGAGACCCCUACAUCCUGGUCGCUGCAGGAGCCCUCUGCUUCUCCAACAUGGGGGUGGCCAUGCUCGAGCCCACCUUGCCCAUCUGGAUGAUGCAAACCAUGUGCUCCCCGAAAUGGCAGCUAGGGAUGGCCUUCCUCCCUGCCAGUAUAUCCUACCUCAUCGGCACCAAUCUCUUCGGGAUUCUGGCUAACAAAAUGGGCCGGUGGCUGUGCUCCCUGAUCGGCAUGGCUGUGGUGGGAGUUAGCCUCCUCUGUGUACCUCUGGCCAAAAACAUUUACGGGCUGAUUGGCCCAAAUGGUGGGCUUGGCUUUGCCAUAGGAAUGGUGGACUCCUCCAUGAUGCCUACCAUGGGUUACCUCGUGGAUCUUCGCCACACCUCUGUCUACGGCAAUGUCUAUGCCAUAGCUGACGUCGCCUUCUGCAUGGGCUUUGCGAUCGGUCCAUCCACAGGUGGUGCGAUUGUACGAGCUAUUGGGUUUCCCUGGCUGAUGAUCAUCAUUGGAGUUAUCAAUAUUGCUUACGCUCCUCUCUGCUGGUACCUGCGCAACCCUCCUGCUAAAGAGGAGAAGAUUGCAAUCUUAAGCCAGGAAUGCCCCAUGCAAACCAAAAGCUACACCACUCAGAAAACCCUGCGCGAUUUCCCUCUCACAGAUGACAGUGAUGUGGAGGCAGAAAAUGCGGAAUAGCAAGUGCAAGGAUGCGUGCCCUGUUUUGAAGCUAAUAUUAUGCUUCCAGAACAUGGAUGUAUUAGCACCCAAGAAUAACCCAGCCUCCCCCAAGACUUGUGGACACAGGAUGGACACAGGCUGUAUCGCUGACCCGUUCUCUCGGCCAUGCAAUCCACAGCAGGGAGCAGAGACCCAGGAUUUAGAGGCUCUAUCCAUUUAGUUAAGCCACUCAUUUGCUGUGUGACUUCUAAGCAAGUUACCCAAACUCACUACAUCUCAUCUGUAGAAAAAAGGUGCAAAGAUGAGGAGAAUCAUAUCAACCUGUCCUGCAGGACAAUAUUGUCUUGGGCACAGCCUCCUCAUGCAGUAGGGUAUAACACCAACAUCUCUCCCAGAUGAGUCCUGUGGCAUUUGUCAAUGUCUUUAAAGCACUUACUGUUCUUGAAAGAAAAGCACUGGAGAAAAUGAAAACUAAGUCAGUGGCAUCAGCUUUGAGAGAUUUCUUUCUCCAGAAUUCUGCUAUAAUCCCCAGCAUGAAACCUUUCUGUAACAACAGGGCGCUAUCCAUCUGUGUCACUGCCAGUCCAUCAAUAAAGAUGUCACUGUACUGCUAAUGUGCUCCACACUCCUCUGAAGACAGUUAAAAAACCCCGUUCAUUGCUGUCUCGGUAUAGCUUUACGUGUUGUGCUCUUUAUGUGCUACUUACAGCUGCUUGUCUGUCUCUUCCACCAUCCAUUACAUUAAUUAUUUGAAGAACUCUAAGAAAUUCAGGUAGAAAUAAGGCUGAAAGCAGUUUUAGACUCUUAGACACAGACUCAGCCAACAAAGCUAGUUAGAUCCCUUGUGAUUAUAAGUGACUAAUAGAGCAUUUUUAAAAAUCCCUGCUCCUCAGCUGAGAUGGGGCAACGGGCUGUGUUUGUGAUCCUAACCCAUUGCAAUGAGAAGUACAAUAGAUCGAUUUAAUUGCCCUUUUGCAAUUUCCUGGCCACAAGUUUAGAAAGGGAGCAGCUGCGCUGUUAACAAUAAUUAUUGAGUAUAAUGGUCUGUAAAAGUAUGUUACGGUUAAGUAAGAGAAAGAGCGAAGUACUAGAGGUACCAAAUUAAUUUUGUAAGUAUCAGAAAAAUUCCCGUGAUCUCAUUUUUUCCAGUGAAACCUCAAACUUACAGCUUCUCUGGUUCCACUGUUGGCAGUUUAUAUAAACUCAUUUCUGUCUUGAAUGAGCAGUUGUGUAAUGC